UGAAAAUGGAGGGCACAAGAUUAUGCCACCGGAACCUCCUUCCCACUACAAAGCCCUCUCUCACUUGCAGAUUUUUCUCUAAUUCUGUUAUUCAUCACACCUCCUUCCACAAUUAUAAGACAAACUUCCCCAAGUUUUUGGUUUCUGCAACUAUGGAAGCUUCCUUCAAGCCUGAGGAAGCUAGGGUUCCUGCAGCGCUUCCCUUGCCUACUCCUCCCGUCACCAAGUUCAAGAUUGCUCUUUGCCAGUUAUCUGUAACAACCGACAAGGAGAGAAAUAUUGCUCAUGCUCAGCAGGCAAUAGAAGAUGCUGCAGACAAGGGUGCUCAGCUUAUUCUUCUCCCUGAAAUAUGGAAUAGUCCAUAUUCCAAUGAUAGUUUUCCAGUAUAUGCAGAGGACAUUGAUGCUGGUGGAGAUGCAUCUCCUUCAACUAGGAUGUUAUCUGAAGUUUCUCGGAGUCGAAAGAUUACAAUUAUUGGUGGCUCUAUACCUGAACGCAGCGGUGAUAAAUUAUAUAACAGUUGUUGUGUGUUUGGCACAGAUGGAAAGCUUUUGGCCAAGCAUAGGAAGAUACAUCUCUUUGACAUUGACAUUCCAGGAAAGAUGACUUUCAAAGAAUCAAGGACCCUAACAGCUGGAGAGAGACCUACUAUUGUAGACACAGAGGUUGGACGCAUUGGUAUUGGUAUAUGCUAUGAUAUUCGCUUCCAAGAACUGGCGGCUAUCUAUGCUGCAAGAGGUGCUCAUCUGCUUUGUUAUCCUGGUGCCUUUAACAUGACCACCGGUCCCCUGCAUUGGGAAUUGUUGCAACGGGCGAGGGCUGCUGAUUGCCAGUUGUAUGUAGCAACUUGUUCUCCUGCCAGAGACGGUGGUUCUAGUUAUGUAGCUUGGGGACACUCUACUCUUGUUGGACCGUUUGGAGAAGUACUUGUGACAACAGAACAUGAGGAGACUACACUAAUAGCAGAGAUUGACUAUUCAGUAAUUGAGGAGAGAAGAACAUACCUUCCAUUUCAAAAACAAAGGCGGGGAGAUUUGUACCAGUUAGUUGAUGUUGACAGAUUGAACUCCACAGGGGCCAAAUGAGGUGCAUUCUAUAUUGCAUGCAGAUGGAAUAAUCUAGAUAGAAUUAAUCAGUGAUAAGAGAGUGAUCCAUUGAAUGGCUAAAACGGCACGAUUGCAUAUUUGUGCUUACAUUGAUCUCUGCUCAAUUAUAUGCAUAUUUGUUACUGGCUCCAAAAAUCACUACCCCUUAGAUUUUGCCUGGACUGAUUCACCAUUGUGAUGUGUGUGAAACUGCAAUAAAGGCUCUUUUUGUGUUUUGA